GGCAAGAGCUAGAGAGGGCUGGGGUAGGGAAGCUUGCGGGUACGCGCUCCUGGGUCUCGCUGUGUCUCGCGCUCGGAGAGACUCGGAGGCUGGUGUCUGCGGGCUGCACGAGGAUCCCCCCGUACACAUAAACAUAUAUCUCCCGGCAGUCACGUGACAGGACAGCGACGCACGGAGCUCCGGAUUGGUAUCACAUUAUAAACACCGAUCCAGGAGAAAAAGGCAUGGAUAAUUUAAGCGACACCUUGGAAAAAUUGAAGCUAAGUGGUGCCGACUGCACAUCUGACAAGUUAGAUAGAUGUUUGGACUGUCUACUUCAGGCACUGGGUCAAAAUAGUAUAGAGAGCAGCGAAAAAAUUCAGCAGACCGGCAUUCUUCAAGUGCUUGCAAAUCUUUUGAACUCGCAAUCCAACUGCACAGCAAAAGUAGCUCACAUCAUAGCAGAAAUAGCAAAAAAUGAAUUAAUGCGUAUACCAUGUGUUGAUGCUGGACUUAUUCCGCCAUUGGUGCAACUUUUAAAUUGUAAGGACCAGGAGGUGUUGCUGCAAACUGGACGUGCGCUCGGAAAUAUAUGUUAUGAUAGCCAUGAGGGCAGGCGUGCAGUUGACCAAGCGGGUGGUGCAAAAAUUGUAGUUGACCAUUUACGGUCAAUGUGCUCUUUAACAGAUCCAGCAAAUGAGAAGCUCAUGACUGUCUUUUGUGGCAUGCUGAUGAACUAUAGCAAUGAGAAUGAUUCUCUGCAAGCUCAGCUUAUAAACAUGGGUGUGAUCCCUACUCUAGUGAAGCUAUUGGGAAUCCAUUCUCAAAACAAUGCUUUAACAGAAAUGUGCCUUGUUGCUUUUGGAAAUUUAGCAGAACUUGAAUCAAGCAAAGAACAGUUUGCUUCUACAAAUAUUGCAGAUGAACUUGUAAAACUUUUUAAAAAGCAAACUGAGCAUGAAAAGAAAGAGAUGAUCUUUGAAGUUCUGGCUCCACUUGCAGAAAACGAUGUUAUCAAGCUGCAGCUGGUGGAAGCUGGCCUGGUUGAAUGCUUACUCGAUAUUGUCCAUCAGACUGUGAACAGUGAAAAGGAGGAAGACAUUGCAGAACUCAAAACUGCCUCUGACCUCAUGGUAUUACUACUUUUGGGAGAUGAGUCCAUGCAGAAGUUGUUUGAAGGAGGGAAAGGCAGUGUCUUUCAAAGAGUGCUCUCAUGGCUCCCAUCUAAUAACCACCAGUUGCAGCUUGCCGGGGCCUUGGCUAUUGCAAACUUUGCAAGAAAUGAUGGGAACUGUAUUCAUAUGGUUGACAAUGGCAUUGUGCAAAAGCUUGUGGAUCUUCUAGGCAGACACGUGGAAGAUGGAAAUGUGACCGUACAACAUGCAGCUCUCAGCGCCCUUCGGAAUCUGGCUAUUCCUGUUGUCAAUAAAGCGAAGAUGCUGUCUGCUGGAGUAGCAGAAGAAGUACUGAAAUUUCUUACAUCUGAAAUGCCACCAGUGCAGUUUAAAUUAUUGGGAACACUGAGAAUGUUAAUAGACGCACAAGCUGAGGCUGCUGAACAGUUGGGAAAGAAUCCCAAACUAGUGGAACGGUUAGUUGAAUGGUGUGAAGCCAAAGACCAUGCUGGUGUAAUGGGUGAAUCAAACAGACUGCUCUCUGCUCUAAUACGACACAGUAAAUCAAAGGAUGUAAUUAGAACCAUUGUUGCCAGUGGUGGCAUCAACCACUUAGUCACUAUGGCAACCAGCGAACAUGUAAUAAUGCAAAAUGAAGCACUUGUUGCUUUGGGAUUAAUAGCGGCAUUAGAAUUACACACUGCUGAACAGGAUCUAGAAAAUUGCAAGUUAGUACAGGUUCUGCACAGACUGUUGUCAGAUGAGAAAAGUGCGCCAGAAAUAAAAUAUAAUUCAAUGGUGCUCAUCUGUGCUGUAUUGGUCUCUGAACCUCUUAAUAAAGAAGUUCAGAAUUUAGCAUUCCUCGAAGUUAUAUCCAAGUUACGCAGCCAUGAGAACAAAAACGUUGCCCAGCAAGCCUCAAUAACUGAGCAGAAACUGACUGUGCAGAGCUGAAGUUCGUGUGCAUUAAAUUGUCCAUACAGAUGAAUUCAUUGUUGUCUCCUGUGUACUACUAAAGGCCAUAUCCCCACCAACUGUAUCACUUGUGCAUGUGUUAUGUUGCCACAGAAGCCGAUGAACUGUCAUAGAUCCUGUAAAUCAUAGCCACAGAAACUAGCCUAAUCUAGUUGCUCUUCAUGACUGAUUACUGUUUCCCUAAUCUUGUUGCUUGACCCCAAGGGUAAAAUGUGCAUGUCAUAGUCUUAUGAUGUAAAAGUGAUACUCACUGCUUCCAUAUUUCAACCCUGAACUGUGUAGUAGAGUAUUGCUUGAGUAUAGACAAUACAGGAUGCAACCAGUUCUUUUUUUGGAAUUGGACUAUCAAAUGUAGUAACAGCGCUAUUUUUAGUGCUCUGGAUGCAGGCAAGGAUGGGAAUAUACUGAUACUCAUUCACUAGUCUUGCCUGUUGCUGUCACUUGUGAUACAGUACCUAGAGUUAACUAAUAAAACUAACAGUGCCCUCGUAUAUUGUCUUUGUGGUUCACUAAACUUUAUUUUGGAUUUAAGCAGACAAAAAAAUAAAGGUCUAUUUGUCAAUCUUUUA